UAAAUUUUUAAGCAGUGCAUGCAUGAAGGUUUCUAAGGAUCUUUUGCCCUUAGAAGCUCGAGAGAAUGCUCUCAAAAAGCUUUCAGAAUUUCUCCGUAGACAUCCUCGUGGGCUUCCAAUGGAUCCUGAAGGAGAUAUGAAGAUCCGGAGCAGCUCGUAUAGAAAGGCUGUCAGGAGGUUGGAGGCGUUAGAGAGCCUAUUUGAGAAGCAUGCGAUUGCCAAAUCUCCACUCAUUGAACAAAAGCUCAAAGUUUUACACAUGAAAGAAGAGUUGACAGCCAAGAUAAAAUCAAUUAAGAAGACUGUACGUUCUUCCACGACAUUGGCUUUUAAAGAUGAACUGAAGGCCAGAAAACGUGCUUUACGAAGGCUAGGGUAAUAAACCUUUUCUUCAGAGAAUAAUUU